GUACCUGUGAACUCCUCCCACCUCUCAGUACACUGCUCUAUCCACAUUUAUCCCACUCUUAUUCCAACUGAACUCCUUGUAGUCUGAUAGUGGUUGUAAGCCAUCCUUUCUCUUCAUCACAAACAAUUCAUAUAUUUGGCGGCUGUAAUGGAACAUGUGGUGCUGCUGGUGAUCUGGGUUGCUCCGGUGGCACAGUGCUACAGUUCUGGUCAAGUGAUGGACAGCUGUAAGAACCUGCAGCCCAACCACUCUGGGCACAGCCCUCAGACCAACUCUGCACCCUUUGUCAUUACCACAGACCGCAGCAGCUACAACCAUCAAGACAAGGUCACAGUGCAUCUCCAGGCACCAGCAUCCACACCCUUCACUGGUUUCCUAUUGCAGGCCAGGGAGGUAGGGGCUGUGGCUCCUUUGGGAUUCUUCAUGCUGAUAACAGGGGCUGCUCAGCUCCUCACUUGCAACCAGACACUUAACUCAGCUGUCUCACACACAUCAGAUUCUGCUAAGACAUCCAUUCAGGUGACAUGGUCAUCAGGAGCAUCAGGACAAGCAAAACCCAUUCAAUUCCAUGCGUCCUUUGUGAAGAAUUACCAGAUAUUUUGGACUGAUGUGAAAAGUCCGAUCCUUCAGUUUAAUGACAGCACUGUCGGAUUCACCAGCUCCCCCAGUAUGACGACAGCAAUGAUGACACCCACUGGUGCACCACCUGUUCAGAGUAUCUCCAGAGCUAACUGUGGGGUCAGUAAGGUUUGCUUCAGUCAGCCUUCAGAUUGUGACCCUGCAGUCAGCGAGAACUGUUACUUCAUGUCAGCCAUGAUGUCCUCCCGCAGUGAUGUAGCCUUCCACUAUGAGCUGACUGGCUCCUCCGAUGGCUACAUCUCUUUUGGAUUCUCAGAUGAUCAAAUUAUGGGAAAUGAUGACAUUUAUAUUUGUGGCUUUGGGAGAAAUGGUUUGGUGCACGUGCAACACGCCUAUUCAACAGGACGAAAGUCACCAGAAAUUCUUCCUCUGGGGAACAUUUCAGAUGUAAAAACCUCAGUACAUGACAAGGUGAUCAGCUGUUCAUUUUCCUCUACGAAUCCAAUUUCUACUCAAAGGACCUCUGGCUUCAACAAGACCUACUACCUUAUGUUUGCCCAUGGACCUACCACCAGUGGACAAAUCCAGUUCCACACAGAUACUUUCAUCAGCAGUGAAAAGAUUGAUAUUUCCAGACCUCAACUUGUCAGCGAAGCUCGGUGGCCUCAUAUCAUCAAAGCACAUGGAGCGUUGAUGUUGAUCGCCUGGAUGACAACAGGAUCACUGGGAAUGAUGGUUGCUCGAUACCUGAAAGGACUGGCCAAGGGACACAAAGUUUGCAGCAACAAAAUUUGGUUUGUGGUGCACGUUGUGGUUAUGAGUGUGACAGUAGCAGCAACUAUCAUCGGAUUCAUCCUGUCUUUUUCAUAUGCCAAAGAUUGGUCUGGGGGUGCUCAUCCUGUGUUAGGCUGCCUAGUUCUGAUCCUUUCUGUCAUCCAGCCUGUAGUGGCUCUGCUGCGCUGUGGACCAGACCAUCCUUUGCGGGUUCUGUUUAAUUCAUCACAUGCCUUGAAUGCAUUUGUGGUAAAAGCUAUAGCUGUGGCAGCCAUAUUUACAGGCCUAAAGUUGAUUGACACCACUUUCAACCAAUGGUUAUUAAAAGUGAUGGGUGGUUUUCUUGGCUGGGAAGUUGUUUUCUAUAUCUUACAUGAAGUCCACUUCAGAUGGAAGAGUUCUGAUACAAAAAAGCCUCGAUGCCGCACUACUGUCACUGUUCUUCAUGGGAAACCUGACAUUCUUGGUGGCACUGCUUGUUGGAAUCGGCAUGUCUUAAAGAGGAUGGCAACGAUAAAUUCCUUUCACUGUUUGUACAAUGAAGAAGCCAAAUUUCUGGGUAAUUUUGUCAAACAUCUCUAGAUUAACAUUUGUCCUCUGGAUUGUUACAGCAUGUUAAAAACUGUAUUUUGAUGUGAUGCUUGUCCUUAUGUAAUCAUUAAUAUGGUUAUGUUACCAUGGGUAAAACCUAAGUUGGCUGAAUUGCAAAGCACAGAGGAAUUAAAUAAAUAGACAAGUACAAUGAGAUCGUUCUCUCAGGAUGUCAAGUUGAAGCUUGUUCUGAAAACAACUUUACAAAUUUGGCAGGAGGUUUGGUAGGAGCACUUAUCUUAACACAAAUUAACUUUUUUAUAACCUUGGUCACAUCAAAGACAUUGUUAGCAAUCAAGCCUUUAAAUGCUCUACUUAAACUGCAGUUCUCAAAAAAACAAAACAAAACAAAAUGAAUAGUGCAGUUAUUAAUGCAUUCUUGCAUUUUAUGAUAACAUAAAUUGCUGUUGAUAUCAUUAAAUUUCAAGAGGCAGCAUGAUGUGCCACAUCAGGGCUAAACAAACUGACUGGAACAUAGUCUAGCUUCUUCCAACAUGAUGUUUUGCUGCACUCUCCCGCAGGUUAAACGCAAUUACUGUAAUUGUCCAACAGGUAUAUCUGCUUUAUUUAUACUGUAUUUAAUCACAAUCAUUAGUUUAUAUCUUUUGUAGUAAAGCAUGCUUUGUUCUUGAUUGUUAUUGAAUAUAUAACAGUUUGUAACUGUUUACAUUUAAGUGAUUCAAAUAAAGCCAUAGUUAUC